AUGGCCGAACAGUUGAGAUACGACGGCCAGGUUGUCGUCGUCACCGGAGCCGGCGGCGGUCUCGGUAGAGCAUAUGCCACCUUCUUCGGCUCACGCGGAGCCAGCGUCGUCGUCAACGACCUCGGCGGCUCCUUCAAGGGCGAGGGCAACUCAACAAAGGCCGCCGAUGUCGUCGUCAACGAGAUCAAGGCUGCUGGCGGCAAGGCUGUCGCAAACUACGACUCGGUCGAGAACGGCGAGCGCAUCAUCGACACCGCCAUCAAGGCCUUCGGUCGCAUCGAUGUCCUCAUCAACAACGCCGGCAUCCUGCGGGACAUCAGCUUCAAGAACAUCAAGGACGAGGACUGGGACCUGAUUAUCAAGGUCCACGUCAAGGGCUCCUACAAGUGCGCCAGGGCCGCCUGGCCUCACUUCCGAAAGCAAAAGUACGGCCGUGUCAUCAACACCGCGUCCGCCGCCGGUCUGUUUGGCAGCUUCGGCCAGACCAACUACUCCGCCGCCAAGCUUGCCCUGGUCGGCUUCACCGAGACCCUCGCCAAGGAGGGCGCAAAGUACAACAUUCUGUGCAACGUCGUUGCUCCCAUUGCCGCCAGCAGAAUGACCGAGACCAUCAUGCCUCCGGAUGUCCUCAAGGCCCUCCAGCCCGACUGGGUUGUCCCCCUGGUUGCCGUCUUGGUUCACAAGAGCAACACCGAGACCGGCAGCAUCUUUGAGGCUGGCGGUGGCCACAUGGCCAAGCUCCGAUGGGAGCGAUCUAACGGUCUCCUCCUGAAGGCCGAUGAUUCUUACACCCCCGGUGCCGUCCUCAAGCAGUGGAGCAAGGUCACCGACUUCUCCAACCCCCAAUAUCCCACUGGCCCCAACGACUUCCUUACCCUCCUCGAGGACUCGAUGAAGAUGAGCCCCAGCGACCGUGGCGAGACUCUAGACUUUACCGGCCGCGUUGCGCUAGUGACUGGUGGUGGUGCCGGUAUUGGUCGCGCCUAUGCUCUGGCCUUUGCCAAGUACGGUGCGUCCAUUGUCGUCAACGAUCUCGCCAACCCCGAUACCGUGGUCGAGGAGAUUAAGAAGCUCGGUGGCAAGGCCGUCGGCGUCAAGGCCUCAGCCGAGGAUGGCGAGGCUGUUGUCAAGGCUGCCAUUGAUGCAUUCGGCCGUGUCGACAUCGUCGUCAACAAUGCCGGUAUCCUCCGAGACAAGGCUUUCACCAACAUGGACGAUAACCUGUGGGACCCUGUGAUGAACGUCCACCUCCGAGGUACCUACAAGGUCACCAAGGCCGCCUGGCCCUAUUUCCUCAAGCAAAAGUACGGCCGUGUCCUCAACACGACCUCCACCAGUGGCAUCUAUGGCAACUUUGGCCAGGCCAACUACUCUGCGGCAAAAUGCGGUAUUCUCGGAUUCUCGCGUGCUCUUGCGCUUGAGGGCAAGAAGUAUGGCAUUUACGUCAACACGAUUGCCCCCAACGCCGGUACUGCUAUGACCGCCACCAUCCUGCCCGAGGAGAUGGUUCAGGCCUUCAAGCCCGAUUACAUUGCGCCUCUGGUCCUCGCUCUCUGCAGCGACAAGUGCCCCGAUCCUACCGGCGGUCUCUACGAGGUCGGCAGUGGCUGGGUUGGCAAGACCCGAUGGCAGCGCACUGGCGGCCAUGGAUUCCCUGUCGACGUGCCUCUCGUUCCCGAGGAGGUCGUCAAGGCCUGGGGCGACAUUACCACUUUCGACGGCCGUGUCGACAACCCUUCCACGUCCCAGGACGGCCUGGACAAGAUUAUGGCCAACAUGGCGAACCGCAAGUCCAAGGCUGAGGCACCUGCUCCCAGUGAGCAUCUCGCCAUUAUCAACGAAACCCUUAAGAAGGAGGGCAACCCUACCGAGUUCAAGUACGAGGAGCGCGAUGCUAUCCUCUACAACCUGGGUAUUGGUGCUAAGCGUACCCAAUUGAAGUACACCUUCGAGGGUGCCGAUGACUUCCAGGUCAUUCCCACGUUCGGUGUGAUUCCUCCCUUUAACACCGAGAUGCCGUUUGAUUUCGGCAACAUCGUGCCCAACUUCUCACCCAUGAUGCUUCUUCACGGUGAGCAGUAUCUCGAGGUCCGAAAGUUCCCUAUCCCCACCAGCGCGAACCUCGUCUCUCGGGGGCGUCUCCUUGAGGUUGUCGACAAGGGCAAGGCCGCCAUCGCCAAGAGUGGCGUCACUACUGUCGACGCUGAGACUGGCGAGGAGAUCUUCUACAACGAGUCGACCGUCUUCCUCCGUGGUUGCGGUGGCUUUGGCGGUCCCAGCCGAGGCAAGGAUCGCGGCGCUGCCACUGCCGCUAACAAGCCUCCCGCCCGUCACCCCGACGUCGUCGUCGAAGAGGCCACUUCCGAUGACCAGGCCGCCAUUUACCGAUUGAGCGGUGAUUACAACCCUCUCCACAUCGACCCCGAGUUCGCCAAGGUCGGCGGCUUCAAGGCCCCUAUCCUCCACGGCCUCUGCAGCUUUGGCUUUGCCGGCAAGGCCGUCUACGAGCGGUUCGGCGCCUUCAAGAACAUCAAGGUCCGCUUCGCCGGCGUUGUCAUUCCCGGCCAGACUCUCGUCACCGAGAUGUGGCGCGACGGCAACAAGAUUACCUUCCAGACCAAGGUCAAGGAGACGGGCAAGCUUGCCAUUGCCGGCGCGGCCGCCGAGCUGGUUGGCGAGUCCAAGAGCAAGAUUUGA